GAAUAUUUUUCCGAUUCGUAAUCGCAACGUUUUCCAAAUUCGCGGAAUGUCGCGCUUGCCAUUGUUCGCCGGGUUGGGUCGCUCGACACUGGGAGUCCUCCGAUUGCGGGGGGCCGUGCCCUGGAGCUUGCGCUACCAGCAGGUGCGCUUCAAGUGCGAGGACAUGCGGGGCGUCGUCGUGGGCCUCUACGAGCAGGACAGCGGCAAGCCGAAGCUGACGGAGGGCGGCGAUGAGUUCGAUCGCCUGGGCCACGGAAUGCUGGCCGAUCUGGUGCGCGAGUCGGGCCUCAAGGGGGAGCUGGGGAAGGGACGACUGUACCACAACGUCGGCAAGGAGUACAACUGCCUGGCGUUGGUGGGGCUGGGCAGAGAGGGGGCCGGCUACAACCACGAGGAGGUCAUCGACGAGGGCAUGGAGAAUGUGCGCGUGUGCACGGCCGUCGGCGCCCGGGCCCUGCAGCUCCAGGGCUGCAGCGAGGUCCACGUGGAUGCCAUGGGCUAUGCGGAGCAGGCGGCCGAGGGCGCGGCCCUGGCCGUCUGGCGGUACAACAACAACCGUCGCAAGCGCAAUCGCACCCACAUCCCGAAGCUGGAGCUGUACCAGUCCUCGGACACGGAGGGCUGGACGCGGGGCCUGUUCAAGGCCGAGUCGCAGAACCUGGCGCGCCGCCUGUGCGACACGCCGGCCAACCAGAUGACGCCGUCGAUCUUCGCGCAGGCCACCGUCGACGCCCUGUGCCCCUGCGGCGUGACCGUGGAGGUGCGCUCCAUUAACUGGAUCGAGGAAAAGAACCUCGGCUCCUUCCUGACCAUCGCCAAGGGCUCCUGCGAGCCGCCGCUCCUCCUGGAGAUCAGCUACUGUGGCACCGCGCCCGAGGACAAGCCCGUGCUGCUGGUCGGCAAGGGCCUGACCUUCCACAGCGGCGGCCUCUGCCUGAAGCCCAAGACGGGCAUGGACGAGUACCGCGGCGGCGUGUCCGGCGCCGCCCUGGUGGUGGCCACCAUGCGGGCCGCCUCCGCCCUGUCGCUGCCCAUCAACCUGUCGGCGGUGCUGCCGCUCUGCGAGAAUCUGCCCUCGGGCAUGGCCGUGCGACCGGGCGAUGUGGUCACUCUGCUCAACGGCCGCACGAUGCGCGUCAUGGACCCCGAUGUCGCCGGGACCGUGAUGCUGGCCGAUCCCCUGCUCUACGGCCAGGCGGCGUUCAAGCCGCGGCUCGUCGUCGAUGCCGGAGCGGUGGCGCGGGGCGUGACCAGCGGACUGGGUGGCUCUGCCACCGGAGUGUGGACCAACAACUCGUUUCUGUGGAAGCAAUUCCAGAAGGCCGGCGGCUACACGGGCGACCGUCUGUGGCGCCUCCCCCUGUGGCAGUACUUCAAGGAUCUGGUCACGAAAUUCGGCACCGUCGACAUGUGCAACAAGGGCCGGGGACCGGCAUCGUCCUGCCUGGCGGCCGCCGUCCUCCACGAGAUGGUGCCAUGCAGCGACUGGGUGCAUCUCGACACCCACGGCACGGGUAUGCUGGCCAAGGACGGGGUGCCCCCGUACCUCCUCAAGAAUCGCAUGAGCGGCCGGCCCACACGCACUCUCAUCCAGUUCCUGUACCAAUUGGCCUGCGACUGUCCUUCUGCCUGAUGAAGGACCCCCCCGUUUUACCCCAAACGACACCUAUUCCCUGAAAUUACCUGUUAGUUCUUGGUCUCCUUCAAGAAUAUACGAGUUUAUAGUCCUCUAA